UGCUCCUGCGGAUGUGCGUUUGUGGACACUUCACUUGUGCCGUGCCGCGUACAUCCGCUCACUCAGCGAAAGGCUUUCCUGACCUCGGCGCUGGUCAUGGCCGCGUUGUUUUUCCUGUGCACCGUGCUCCUCUUCCUCGGGGUGAAAGAGCAGAGGGCCCUUCUCUCCUCUCGUGAUAAAGUGAGAGUGUCCUACCGUUCCUCCAUUAAGAUGUUGGUGCGCCACGUUCCUUACCAGCGACUGGUGCUGGGCUUUAUCUUCAGUGCACUGGCGUUCCAGAUGUCCCUGGGUAACUUUGCACUGUUUUGCAGCCAUGCAGCCGGACUGGGAGCCCAGUUCCAGCACCUUCUACUGGUUCUACUGGCUGCUGCAUCCAUAGCAGUCCCGGUAUGGCAAGCCGUCCUGGUGCGGAUAGGGAAAAAGGCCACAGUCUUCAUUGGACUUACACUGUUCAUCCCACCGCUGAUCGUGAUCGCCUGCAUGCCCAGCAACCUGCCAGUCUUCAUGACUAUGUGCGUUGUGAUGGGAUUCAGUUUGGCAACCAUGUUCCUGUUACCCUGGUCCAUGCUCCCGGAUGUGGUGGAGGACUUUGCCGUGAGAAACCCCUCAUACACGGACUUGGAGCCCCUGUUUUUCUCCUGUUAUGCCUUCUGCAGUAAGCUAGGGGGAGGCCUGUCUGCAGGAAUCUCCACGCUGACGUUACACUUUGUGGGUUACAGAUCCAACGCAUGUGACCACGGUGACGGUGUGGCGACCGCUCUGACCGUGCUGUUUACACCGGUUCCCAUCACACUGCUGCUGGUGGGACUGGCCUUUUUCUACUCCUACCCGAUCAAUGAGCGGCAACGCUCCCAACCCCAGACCGAGCCGGACCCGGAGCCCUUGGAAGCGACCCUCUCAGACGGACAGGAGGCGGCAGGAGAACCACAGUCCACAACAGGAGCAAGAGCUUCAUCACGUCCAAAGUCACAGCCGACCAGGCGGGGCCUUCCCCUAUCAAACUCCUCACCCCGUGUUCGCAGUAAGAACCACCACCAGAGAGGCGGGGUUGAGUCAAAUGGCUCGUCCAGCAGGCGGAAAACCACCUCUGCAGAACACGCCGGCUCCAUGUUUGUUGCCCAGUCACAAGUGAAUCCCAAAUGGCGCGAGCCGAGAGCCCACCCGUAUCAGCAGGCAUCUGAAAGUAAACCGAAAAACAAUUCAACUAAACUUGGCUUUGGCUCUUUUUCUGACAGGUCAGCUGUGAAAUCCAAAGUCACGUGGGUGUAGGUUGAUUCAGUACGACAGGCAGCGGCGAGGCACUGCCACCUGCAGAAAUAAAGCAACGUGCAUGGCCUCGAUCAUUUGAACCAUAUAGAUGCCGCCUUCCUUUAUCGGCAUUAAAACUGCGAAAUGAAUGCUGUUGUAUUAAAGCCUGCAGUGAAACUAAAUGACUCCUCUA